AUGAUUCUCGCAUAUCGAUUCGCUCGAAAAAAGUACCAGCAAAGACAGGCUACCAAGAACAGCCUUGCUCCCGCUGGUACCAGCAAGGAACAGACCACAGACCACAGCCUUCCUAACAAUACCAACGCUCAAACGAGGCAAGAAGUGACUGUAAUAAACAACAGUACUCUUCCCAAGGCCCCGAAAGCCAAAUGUGUACAAUGCAAGGAAGAAAAGAGUGCGGCCCGGAAAUACAGAUGGAAGCUACUUUUCUGUUUACUACCAGCAUUCUUCGAUGCGAGUCUAGAUUUGACCAUCGUUGCAACUGCACUACCUCAAAUCGCCUCUCAUUUUGAUAAAUUCAACCAGCUCAAUUGGAUUGUGACAGCAUUCACGUUGACAUCAACUGCAUUCAUCCCCAUCUUUGGAAGCUUAGCAGACACCUUCGGCCGCUAUGCCAGCAUACAAGCCGCCGUGGCUCUGCUCGCUCUGGGAAGUAUCCUAUGUGCGGCUGCCCCCGACUGGGGCGUUCUACUGCUCGGUCGAGCCCUGCAAGGUGUUGGAACUGCCGGAGUCCAAAAUGUCAUCAUGAUUAUUUUGGCAGAUAGAGUCUCACUGCGCGAACAGGCAGUGAACACGAGCAUCUUUCAGUUGAUGAACGGCUUGGGAUACAGUGUUGGCCCUGUCAUUGGCGGCUAUCUGACCAACACCAAUUGGCGAUAUUGCUUCGUCGUCAAUGCCGGUCUCUCGGUCAUGAGCCUUCUGUCGAUCUUUAUCAUCCGCAACGACCUUGUGCCUGGCAAAGUGCCCGUCUGGCGACCAGCCGGCAAUCAGACUCGGGUGCAGGCUUUGGUAUCAGGUCUUGCCACCCUUGAUAUCGGCGGCAGUGCGCUAUUCAUCCUUGGAGUCGGGCUGAUCAUCCUGGGUACUGCCUGGGGCGGAUCGACGUAUGCAUGGAGCUCAAGUGCUGUCAUUGCUCCUCUGGUCCUUGGUUGCGUGUUCCUCAUCCUAUUCAUUACGUGGGAAUACCUUCUGGGCCCCGGUCGACUAUUGAGCCGCCUAUUUCCAAAGACGGUCCCCGCGAUCCCAUCCGCGAUCCUAUCCUCCAAAGAUCUUUCACUCAUCUGCAUCAUUGCCGCUGGCACGGGCGCCGCGCUUUACUCUGUCUUCUACUUCAUCGGCAUCUACUUCACUCUGGUCGAGGGAUACGAAGCCUCCAAAGCCGGCACGCAACUCCUGUACUACGUUCCCGGACUCGGCGUCGGCGUCUACUUCGCCAUGUUCGUCUGCAACGUGUGGCUGCGACAGACCUUCUGGCCACUCUUCCUCGGCACCGUGAUCGAAACCACCGGCAUCGCGGUCCUCUGCUAUGCAAUCAAGAUCCGCAACGAAGUCCUGGUCAACGUGAUGAUGGCCAUCGCCGGCGCAGGCACAGGCAUGCGCUUCAUGCCGUCGAACCUGCACCUAGCAGGCAUGUUCCGCGACCGACUGGCGCCCGCAUACAGCCUGCUGCGCUUCGCACUCCCCUUCGGCGGCACCCUGGCCCUGACGAUCAUGGGCUCGGUGUUCCAGAACAAAAUGGCCAACGUCUUCGGCUCGGUCGGCUCCGACAGCGGCACCGUCAAUCUGCACAGCCAGGCCUCGCUCGACAGUAUUUCACAGCUCCCCGCCGCCGAGCAAGCCGCCAUCCGCGCUCAAGGCGCCACCGCCACAAUGUGGAGCUUCAUCUCCAUCCUCCCCAUCCUCGCCCUGACCCUCCUCGCCAGCACGGCGCUAGGCAACGUGUGGAUCUCCAAGAAGAGCAGCAGCAGCAGCAGCGACGCAGCCAAAGACGGCGAAGAAGGAGUCGCCGGCGCAGCGGCCCCGAGCGAAGACGGCACGUGUGCGCGCCACGCCCGCGGCGUCGAUGCCGACGCAGAGGCAGAAGCGCACAGCACAGGCUCAGGCGCGGAGAUUCUCGAGGGCGUCUUCCUGCUCGCGGUGCUAGGCGGAAAUGUUAGAACGCUGAAGAAGAAGGCGCCGAUGGCAGUGCCCCACACCAGGACCGCGAGCGGCCCCGGACAGCAUCUGAGACAGGCUACUCCGCGUGAUAACGCGUCGAUUGGCAUGUCGGAUAUGGGUCCUGUUAUUGAGAAGAAUGUUGUCUGA